AUGGAUUCACCUAGUUUAAUUGUCUUAAAUACUGAUAUGCCAAUGGGACCAUAGCUUUCUCCAAGAUCUUCCUAUAUCAGAUAUGUUAAGGAUUUUUCAUCUUCAUAUCUAUAAUAAGAAAGUGAAAGAAAUUAUGAUGAAAUAAUAAGCCAAAACUUAAGUGAUUUUCAUUAAGAAAAGAAAUUAAUUAAUAUGACAUCUAGUAGAAGAAUAUCAAAAAAGUUAGAAACAUUUAAAUUUACUAAGAUAGCUAAAUAAAAUAAAAUUAUAGAGAAAUUCAAAAACAAUCUCUUAUAAUUUUCUUACAUAAUGCCAUAAAAAUUUAAGGCUAAAUUGUUAUAAAUAGAAAAUUAUUUACAAAAAGACAAAGUUAAAAAAACAUCAAGUAUUAAAUCUCAUUAAUUUAUAGCUUAGAUUACUCGUAAGAAUUAAAAAAAUAUAAUUUCUCCAUCUAAUAUAUUUUUAUUUUAUUGGGAAAUUUUCAAUAUUCUAAUACAAUUUAUAUCUCUCUGGAUAUGUGCUCUAAUUAUAUCGUUUUCAAAUUCAAAAGAAAUAAAUUUUCAAUCUUUUGGUUGUUUAUUUAUUAGUAUUAACAUAGUUGAAAUAAUUAUCUCAAUAAAUAAAGAAAUAUAUAUUGAAGGUUAAAUCAUUAAUACACGAAAUGAUAUUCUUAUUAAUUAUUUAAGUAAAUCAUCUCAUUUAGAUGUCUGCUCAAUAUUCAUAUGGAUUAUGAUAUCUUUUAGAAUGAUUGAAUAGAAUACUAUAAUUCAAGUAUUUGCAAUCCUCCUUUUAAUUAUUAUAUUUGCUAGGAUAUUUCGAGUAUAUGAUUAUAUAGUUGAACAACUUUAUUAAAAAGGAUUUGGGGGUUAUGCUUUUGAUCUAUUAACUUUAGUUGUAAGUAUAUACUUCUUUGCUCAUAUUAUGGCUUGUUUAUGGUUGAUGGUUGGAUUUAAUUCAAAUGGUGAAAGAAUGAAUUGGAUAAGGGAUAAUGAUUUGGAAAAUGAAUCUAUAUGGACUCAAUAUAAUAAUGCAUUUUAUUGGGCUACAAUGACAAUGGUUACAGUUGGAUAUGGAGACAUUACACCAAAGAAUAACUAUGAAAUGGCAUUUGCUAAUGUAGCUAUGUUUUUUUCAAGUUGUGUAUUUGCUUAUUCAAUGAAUGCAAUUGGCAUUUUAUUGAAAGGAUUCAAUGAUGUCAAAUAAAAUUACAAGUAUAUUAAAUGUCAAUAUUAAAAGAAAGUCAGUCAUAAUAAUGAAUUAAUAUAUGAAAUCUAAUAAUGUAGAUGA